UGCUGCUACUUCCUAACCAAACAGGAGUUAACAAGAAGGAAUACAGGAGCUACACGUCUCGAUGUCUGUGCCAUGUAAAUAGCUCACCCAUUAACUGAGAAGGAGGAGUUCUGCCGUGCUGACAUAAACAGACUGAGACCCCUCUGAUGCCUGCAUUGACCUUCUGAUCAGACAUGGGGAAAGUCUACUACAUAAGUAAAAAUGUGGGCCUCGGGAUGCUUGUACUCACGGUCUGUGGACUGGCUACAAUUAUAGCUCUUUCUGUUGCUUACGACAAGGAAAAAUCCAAGAAUCAAGGUAACGUAGGAGAUGGAGCAUCAGAUAGCACCAGUACAACUACACCCAGCACCACCCCUGACACCCCAAAGGAACCCUGGGACCACUACAGACUUCCAGAUUCCCUCAUCCCCGUCUCUUACAAUGUGACCCUGUGGCCACGAUUGAAGCCCAAUGCAGAGGGCUUGUACAUCUUCACUGGACGUUCAACAGUAAUUUUUAAAUGUGUGAAAGAAACAGACCUCAUCAUCAUCCACUCCAGGAAACUCAACUUUACUACCUUCUUUGGGCACCACGCUAAACUGAGCAGCCAGGGUGAGGCCCCAGUGCCCACUAUACUGAAUUCUUGGCUUGUGAAGAAAACUGAGUUUCUGGUUAUUCAGCUAGGCAGCAGAUUAUCGGCGGGAGUAUCCUAUUCACUUCACACAGAAUUUCUCGGGGAGCUGGCGGAUGACCUGGAGGGCUUCUACAGGAGUGAAUAUGUUGAGGAUGGCGUAAAGAAAGUUGUUGCUACCUCACAAAUGCAGGCAACGUACGCCAGGAAAAGCUUUCCUUGCUUUGAUGAACCAGCCAUGAAAGCAGUCUUUAGUGUCACGAUCAUUCACUCACGAGACACUGUGGCUCUGUCCAAUGGCAAGGAAAAGGAGCGUUGGUUUGGAAAUCUGGUAACUCUGCGAUGGUGGAAUGACUUGUGGUUAAACGAGGGGUUUGCAUCAUAUGUUGAGUACCUCGGAGUCGACUACGCCGAGCCCACCUGGAACAUUAAAGAUCACAUCAUCCUUUAUGAUGUUCAGAAGGUGUUUGCUGUGGACGCCUUGGCCUUCUCUCACCCACUGUCACGUGGAGAAGAGGAAGUCAAUGAGCCCGCUCAGAUCAGUGAAAUGUUCAACACUAUCUCUUACAGCAAGGGUGCAGCAGUGCUAAGGAUGCUGUCAGAGUUUCUCACCGAGCCCGUGUUUGCUAGAGGACUCGGUUCUUACCUGAACACAUUCGCUUUUGGUAACACUGCUGUAUCAAUCAUCAACAGGGCACAAAUUAUCGAUGAUGCAUUCAAUUUAGCAAGAGCCAAAAUAAUCAGCACCACGCUGGCUCUGAGAACUACCAAAUACCUGUCAAAAGAGCGAGACUACAUCCCCUGGGAGUCAGCUUUGAGAAACCUCAACUACUAUAUUCUCAUGUUUGACCGCAAUGAAGUCUACGGUGUUUUGCAGGCAUACCUUAAGAAACAAAUACAACCUCUAUUUGAGCAUUUCAAGACAAUUACAUCUAACUGGACAAGAGUACCUACAGGACACACCGACCAGUAUAAUCAGAUAAAUGCUAUUGGGAUAGCCUGCCGUGCGGGAGUGGAAGGCUGUAGGGAGCUUAUAAAAAGCUGGUACAGAGAGUGGAUGAAAAAUCCAAGUCGCAACCCGAUCCAUCCCAACUUGAAAAGCACCGUUUAUUGCUACGCCAUAGCCUUUGGUGGUGUGGCAGAGUGGGACUUUGCCUGGAACAUGUUCAAGAAUGCUACUCUGGCAUCUGAAGCGUCCAGGCUCAGGUCUGCACUGGCCUGCAGCAAAAUACCUUGGCUUUUGAACAGGUAUCUGGAGUACACACUAGACCCAACUAAGAUCCGUAAGCAAGACGCCCCCUCUACCAUCCAGAAUAUUGCCCGAAAUGUUGUGGGGAUGCCGCUAGCGUGGAACUUCGUCAAUGCUAGAUGGAGUUACAUCUUCCAACAAUAUGGAAAAGGAUCAUUUUCCUUCUCUAAUCUUGUCAGUGGAAUCACACAGAGAUUCUCUACAGAGUAUGAGUUACAGGAGCUUAAAAGAUUCAAAGAAGAAAACCUCAGUGUUGGCUUUGGUUCUGCCACCAUUGCCCUAGAGCAGGCCAUAGAGAAAACAACGGCUAACAUCAAGUGGGUGACAGAAAACAAAGCUGAAGUGCAGCGGUGGUUUGCUCAGGAGUCCACGUGAGAACACCAAAAGCCACCACAGUCCUUUUUUCAGUACUGACAGUGAUAUGUAAUUAAUGAAAAUCACUAUAAUCAUCGGUAACAACAAAAGCCUUUUCUCUUGACAAAUGCACAAGGACUGUUUAACUUUUGUCACACAAUAGCCCACUUAACAUCAGCUUUAGUGCAAGGGAAGGGAAGAGACCAAGACAGCGUGUUUGUUUUCUACAUAGUUUACAUUAUAAGUUGAUGCUUAUCAUGAUUUAUACUAUUACCUAAGGCAGUAAAUUUAAUGUAGCGCAGUAGAGGCAGAGAUUAAUGGCAGCAAUUCUACAAGUGGUUAAAAUCGGUUGACAACAGCUGUUUUCAUGCAUGUGCUUGAACUUUCCUAGACAGAGGUGCAUGGGAGAAAUGUCUGAUGUGGUGGGAUCAGACAUUAAACAGUCUCUAUCCUGCCAACGUCCUAGUACAAAGUGCAUAUGAUGUGCGGUUGAAGCCAUGGUAGAAUUAUACUUAAAAUAAUUCACUGAAUUACAGCAAGUGCUGACCACUAAACACAAUAAAGUAUUGCCAGAAGUAAGAGCACAUCUAAAGUUGUGUGCUUCCUGUCACCUGGGGAAAAGGACAGCUUUAGACAAAUGACCUCAUUCACAAAAUUUUAAUUUUAUCAUGUGAUUGUUUGCUUCCAUCAUGUGACAUCAUGUGUCACACCAACACUGUCCUCCUCCUUCCCUGCAUCCAUAAACCUCCUCUAUGCUUUUCUUCUUCUCCUGCUGCUUGGCAGCUCUAUAUAUUUAACAUCCUUUGUCCAAUAUAUCCACUGUCUCUCCUCUGUACAUGCCCAAACCAUCUCAGCCUUCCUUCUCUAACUUUACAACACCAACCAAAAAUAAUGGACACCUUUUAGGUGAAGGGUUUCAGGCAUGGUUCCCUGGGAGGAGACUUGCGAACACCUUGGUAGCCCUCCUGAAGAGCUGGAGGAGGGGACUGGGGGUUUAUGCUUCAGCAGCUACACUGUAACCGUAACUACACAUCAGGCUGAUGCAGCUCACAACUAUUGAGAUUGUCCAGUUCAGCACUGUCGAUUCCUCCCAUGCAUUUCUGGCUACUUUUUUACUACAUUUUUUUUUUAAAUUCAUCAGCGAAAGAAUAACAUUGUGUCAAUACAAGAAAUAAUGAUCAUAGCACCAAUGUAAGGGCUCACAAACUUCAGCAAAUUGUUGCAGGGAGAUUGCUAAAACUAUCUGAAUGGAUGUGAAGGAAGGUCCAAAGAAGUGGUUAUGUUUGCCCCAGAAACAAAGAGUGAGGGGGAAAAGUCUCAGUAUUUCAAAGUAAAUGCCAGCAGCUACAAACUGUUUCAGCGAUAAACAUUUUACUAAUCAAGUUUAAUUUUUUUUUAAACCAUCAUCAUUCUCAAGUAGACAUUUUGGAAAGGUGUGGCUUUUCUGAUUUCCUCCUCAGAUACUGUUGUUUUAUUUUCCUUAGUUGUCAAAUUCAUCAGCUUUUUUGCUUUCCUUACAACACCUUCAUGGCUCCUCCAUGAUUGCCAUUGAGAUAAACAAUUUUCUUCCUUACAAAGAGAGGUGACAACAUGCAGAUAACAAGCACAAACCCAUCCAUUUAAAAUCAUUCUGAUUCUCCAGAUGAUUCCCCACACUUGUGUUUAUCAAUAAGAAUCAUUUAUCCUGAUUCAUAAGCCAGUCACAACUGUCUAGCAAUCAGGCAAAGAUCUCUUACCUGGAUCUGAUUCAGGUGUAUGAUGAGGGCGCACUCAGUUACUGUGCUCCUGUUCUUUGGAGCAAGCCGGCUGCUGACCUGAGAUCAGUUAUAUCUGCGCUGACGUUCAAAAACAAACUCCAAAUCUCUUUGUUCACACAGGCCUGCACUCAAUAACUAAGCCUGUUUUUAUGUGUUUAUCUUCUGUGUUAAGCACACUGAGCUUACAUAUGUAUAUAUUUUCCAAAGUUCAUGUGUGAAAACAGCUUGCCUUUAAUCCAAACUUCAUGUCACAUUUCAAACUGAUUUCCCAUGAAUAAACUUGCAUUUGUACCUGU